AUGGAUGAACAGGAAAAUAUAAAAAUGAGUCAAGAACAAGUAAAUUUAAACAAAAAUGACGAACCUAUUGAUCAAAGCGACAAUCCAAAAUUCAUCAAUAUAAAAAACAAAAGACAAACCAUACAAAUUUUUAAUAUGUAUAAUUCGAAUUAUAAAAAUAAAGAGGAAUCUGGUGAUGUAAAGAAAUACAGUGUAUUAAACAAUUGUAAAAAGAAAGACAAAGAAGAUGCUAAUAAUAAAGUUAUGUUUGAAGAUAUUUUGAAAGUUCCUAUUAGAAAUAUUGAUGGUUCUUUAUGUGGCGAAAUAAAACCGAAUGUAAAUUUUCCAAAAGAAAUUCCAUGCCCUCAAAGUGACGCAUAUUCUAAAAAAUGCUAUGAUACUUAUUUAAUGAAUAAAAAAAAAUGUGCUACAAAUUUUUUAAAGAAAAAUAGUUUUCAUACCAUUUCAGGUGAAAAUAUUUUACAUAAUUUUAAAAAUAAAUCCCUCGAUUUUUUAGUCUCUAAAGAAAAUCAAAGGAAACAAAAAAAAGACAAAGUAAAUGACCGAAUUGAUGAAAAAGUGAUUAAACCUUUUGAUGUGUCAAAAAGGCAACAUAACGAAAAGGUUGAAAUUUUUGGUCAUACUCCUAAAGAUAAUUUUUGUGAAGAAAUAGAAAAAAUGGAUAAUAAAAAACAAAAUAAUACUGUUUCACGAAUUAAAAAAAUAACGCCACAUCAUUAUUACAAUUAUGUAAGCAAACUUUGUAAAUAUAAUAGUAUAAAUGGUAAAAACAAAUUAAAAAGACGACCAACUAAAUUAAAAUUAACACAUUCGAAGGGUGUUAGAAUGAGACUAGCAAAGACAGAAUUAGCUAAGGCUAUGUUAGCAAAAAAAAAAAACGAAAAAAAGAACCUUGCAAAAAUGUACAUAAAUAAUAAUAAUGUUUUUAUAAAAUAUUUAAAAAUAUACAAAAAUGAAAAUAGAUAUAAAAAAAAUAUAGUCUCAAAUAUAAGCAAUUUAAAUAUAAUAUCAAAAAGAGAUAUACUAAGUUUACCUGAUAAACCAGUAUAUUUAUACGAAUUAGAUAAUUAUCGAUUUCGAUUAGAUAAAAAUAUAGACACACCAGCAUUAAAAGUAGAAAAUGAGGAUAUUAAUUUUCUUUUUAAAUAUAAAAAUACAUGGCUUGAAUUAUUUUUUUAUAAUAAUUACACUAGUAGAGAAAUAUUAUAUAAUUAUAUUAUAAUUAGAUUAAACUUUGAAUUAAUGAUACAAGAAAUAAAAGACAUAGUAAUUAUGGAUAUCAAUACUAAACACUUUAACUACCCAUAUAUAUAUAAUGCAUAUUUAAUACCUCCUAUAAAUGUGCAUGAUAUUGAUAAUUCUUUGAGAAUCCAAAAAGUCACAAGUGACUAUUCUUUUAUCAACAAUGGCUCUUGGGCAUUUUUACGAAAAAAAAAAAAAAAAAAUAUAAAUAUAAAAAAUCAUAUUGAAAAUAGUAACGGUGAACAAAAUGCUCCUCAUCUUUUACAUAUGACAAGAAAUAAAUAUUAUAUUAAUCAUAAUUUUUGGUCACACUUAAAAAAUAAUAUAAACCCAUCUAGAAAUGAUGAUAUUCGAAAUAACAACAACUUUGAUAGUUUAUCAACGAUGCAUAGUUUCAAUAUUAAUUGUUCAGAUAAUAUACACAAUUUUAUAAAAGAAGAUGAAAAAACAAAAAAUGAAAGUAAAGAAAUUUUCCAAUCCACAGAAAAUCGAGCUACAUUUCUUAGUAACUUCCAAUCAGACACAAAUAAAGAGAAAAAUACAGUUUCCGAAGUUGAUAAUAAAUCCUUAUCAAAUUAUAACACAUUCUUUUUUAGAAAUAAUAAUACAACUAAAUUAUACAAUGACAAUAGUUUUAUUGAUCCUUCCAAUAUAUAUAUAACUUUUACUAAUAGUAAAAUAGAGCCAUUCUUCCCUUAUAUGUGUGAUAAUAUAUUUUUCCUUUUUGAUUACUACAAUAAUUACCUGAAAAUGUUUAUAAAAACGAUGCUUGAAAAUGAUAAAAGGAAAAAAUUGAUCAUGGUACAUCAACAUAUUCAAAACAUAAGAGAAAAAAAUAGACAAAACAAUCAGCAAAUUUCUAACAAAACAGAGUCAAACACAAUAAUAGAAAAAACAAAUGAUCAAGAAAAUAAGUAUUAUUUAAAACCUCCAAUAGUUCUAAAUAAAAAUAAUGAAUUGCCCACUAAAAAUAUAUCAACAGUAAAAGGAGAAAUAACUACUCCUAUAAAAAUAACAAAUUAUACAUUUAUGAAUAAUUUAAAAAUAAAAAAUUCUAUUAAUGAUAAAAUGUAUAAUUCUAUAUUUAACAAAAUAGUAAAAAAAAAUUCAGAAAAAAUUAAAAAAGAAUUAUCGAAAGAAAAUGUUGAAAUUCCUAUAUACCUAUGGGUAAUAUUUGGAGGGAAAGAUAUGAAAUCGAUGGAUUCUUUAAAUAUGGUUUACAAAAUGUUACGAUAUGCUACUGAAAUACCUCCAGGAGAAUAUGAAAAAUAUAUAAGAAAAUUGAAAAAAAAAAAAAUAAAAAUUAAUUGUAAUACUAACACAGAUUAUAAUCAUUUAUAUUUUGGACAUAAUUAUUAUUAUAAUGAAAAAAAUAAAAAACAGGUUAGUUUGAAAGAAUAUAAUUUAAAUUAUAAUAAAAUACACAAUUCGAGAAAAAUAUCAUCAGAAAGUAACAAUUUUUUAUUUCUUGAAAAACUCAACUGUUGUAAUUGUAAUGAUAGACAACUAAAAAUUCAUGGUAACCAUGCUAGGGUUACAAUACCGAAAAAUGAUAAACAGAGUGGUGAGAAAAAUAGGAAAGAAAGCACACAAAAAAAUAAUGAAAAUUGUGUAUAUGGAUUAUCUAAUGCACGAAUCCCAAAGAAACAAAAAAAACGAACUCUCCCUGAAUUGAAUAAAGAACUUUUUCCUGAUAAUUAUUUGUAUAAUGCAUCUUCAGAAAUAUAUAAACGAAUUGUCGAUUAUUAUAAUAAUUAUAAUAAAAAGUAUAAUAAAUAUGGGCCUAAUAAUUAUAAAGAAUUUUUAGAAUUUUACUAUAAAGAAAAUAUUGAAAGCAGCUGCAUAAAAGUUGACGAAAAAAAAACAUAUUUUAAAGACGCUAUUCCAACAAAAAACAAUCCUAUCAACAAAUAUAAUAAAGAAAAUGAACAAAAUGAAACAUUAUAUAGUAACUUAAGUGAAAAUCCUUAUUCUAAAAAGAUAAGAACGAAUGGAGAUAAAUUAUCUAAAUAUUUUAUGUCAAAUAUGUAUGGUGAAAUGCAAAAUGAAGAUAAAUAUUAUUGCGCAAAUUUGUGGGAUCACCAAAAAGGGGAAACAAACAAUGCAUUAGGUAAGCAAAGCGGAAAUGUAAAUAUCGUAUCUGGCCCCACAAAUACUAACAAUAUAAUAGAUAGUGAAAACAAAGAAGAGAUUAUGGAUGAAGGGAAAGACAAGAAGGAAAACAAUUCUAAUCACCCAAAUUCCAAAACAUACGAUUUAUUUUUAGAAGCAAAUGAUAGCGAAUCUAGUGAUCAAGAAUCAGAUAAUAAUUUAUACAAUUUUAUAUCUUACCAUAUGCAAGGACGAAAUCCAUCCUUUGAAAUCAAAGACGAAAAAAUUAAAAGUAAUAAAUUAAACUAUACAGAUAUUUACGGUCCAGUUAUUUAUCGUACCAUUUCCAAAGAUUGCCACGAUGAAAAAAACCAAAAGACAUAUCAUAAUGAUAGUCAUAGAAAUCAAAAAAAUAAACGGAAUCAUAAUAAUAAAAAAGAGAAAAGCAAAGCAAGAUAUUCAUUUUUACUAUUAGAUUAUCCAAGUUACUAUAAUAGUACAGGUCAUCCAUCUCCCCUAACAUUUAAGACAUCUGCUUUUUGUGCUUUAAAAGAAGCAAUCAAAGAAAUAAGAAAGGAAAACAAAAAUGCAAAUAUAUCAAUAAACACUCUUGGGUAUUCCUUAGGAUGUUGUGUCAGCUUACAAUUAAUACUUGAUAUAGCUAAAAGCUUAUACAAUGAUUUUUAUCAAGACAUUUAUAAAACUCCGUAUAAUAAAAAAGAAAAAGAACCAAUUAAAGAAAUAAAAGAACUUAAUAAAUUAUCUAUAAAAUUAAAUAAUAAUAAAAAUAAAAUAAAUGAAUAUAUAUAUGAUUCGAAGAAAAUUCUUACAUUUGAAAAUGUUUUAUUUUUGCAAAAAGAAGAGAAAUAUUACUCAAGCAAUGAUAUAUUUCAACACAACAAUGACGAAAAAAUUAAAAAUAUAAAAAUAGAAGAUGAAAAAAAAGAGAACCACAAUAAAUUACACUUAUUAGAAUCAUUUUUAACUGACAAAAAUGAACAGACUCACAUUAAUGAUAAUGCAUCGACAACUUUUGAAACUACCAAGUGCUGUGAUAGAAAACCAAAAGUAAAAGCAUGCUUUUACAAGCAUAUUAUAAAUAAAACAGAUCAACCCAAUAAAAUAGGGGCGUUAAAAUUAGGGGAAAAUAAAACAGAUGUAGAAAGUCUUGAUAUGAAUGGAAAGAUUUACUUCGAUGUGAAAAAAAAAAAUGACUUCAAAAAUAAUGUUGUCCAAAACUAUGAAAUACAAACAAAAUCUUCCAUUAGAUUAAAUGUAAAGGAAAUGAAUAUGGGUGAAGAGAUUGUAAAAGAAAAAAAGGAAAUUGAUAAUCUCAAAAUAACAGUAGAUAAAGUUAUUUUAGUUGCACCAUUUACAAAUACUCAAAAAUUAGUAAAAGGUAUAUUAAACAAUAGUAUGCUAUUUUUAUUAAGUUCAUUUAUUAUGAACAAAAAAUGUCAGUAUGUUCAUUGGGAUAAUAUAAUAGUUUUAAAGGAAUUAUUUAAAAUAAUAAAUGAUUUCAAAAAAAAUAAAUAUUUAUAUGAUGUAUUUUAUAAUUUUCAAAUAGAUUAUAUACAUGGUGAGAAGGACACAUUAGUUCCUUAUAAUAUGAGUUUGAUUUUAUAUAAAUUGACAAAUGAUUUAAUUAUAAAAUAUUCAUUGUUUAAUAUAAAAACAUUUUUGUAUCUAUUUAAAGAGGAUUGUCAUUCAUCAAUUUUAAAUUCGCAAACAGAAAAUAACAUUUUACAAAUCAUUUUUAAGCCUUUUAGACUUCACCCAUUUAGCACUACAUCUAUACAUAAAUUUCAUUUUGAUCUUUAUAAAGAUUUAUAUUUAUUGAAGACUGUUUAUCUUCAAUAUAUAUCCCGUGCUACCUCUAAUUUGAGGUCCACGUAA